CAGCGUCGCCCGAAAGCUGAAAAGCUGGCCAGCACAAUGGGAAAAAAACAGAACAAGAAGAAAGUGGAAGAGGUCCUAGAGGAAGAGGAGGAGGAGUAUGUGGUGGAGAAGGUCCUGGAUCGGCGGGUGGUGAAGGGAAAGGUGGAAUAUCUGCUCAAGUGGAAAGGAUUCUCGGACUGCAGGAAGAACUCUGACGAGGCCGACCUGGUGCCCGCCAAGGAGGCCAACAUCAACUGCCCUCAGGUGGUGAUCUCCUUCUACGAGGAGCGGUUGACAUGGCACUCCUACCCCUCCGAGGACGACGACAAGAAGGAGGACAAGAACUAAAGGCCUCUCUCCCCGCUCUUUGGGCAGCCUUUGGUGGAGAGCUGCGGCCUGGGGGUGUGAGCAGGAGGGGAUUGGAGGCGGCCCUGCUCGGGUGGGACGUGGAGACGGCCGGAGAAGGUGCCCUUUGAAGAGACCAGUAUGGUUUCUGUGCCCCUGCAGCUGCCCCAGCGCUUCGUGCAGCUUCCCUGCUGUGUCCAGAGUCCAACCAGCCCGGCUCAAUUCGGAGGGGGAGGGAAAAACAAGGGGGAUAUCAGAGGGUCGGGA